AUGACCGAUGCUGUCCAAGUGACGGCAUCACUAAAACAUGUGAUCGAGGGCGAAUACCCCUUACUGCUUGUCUCAAAUUGUGCCAACCGUGUCCUCAUGAUGCCGCCUUGUUCUAAUAGGUUAGGUGAAGCGUCCUGCAGUCUACAACUUACUGUUUUAUCCAAGGGGAUGCAUUCUUCUCAGUCACUACCGGGCCCCAGUCGCCUCAGCCUUCUCAGCAGCACCGCUCGCAGACGACUUAUCAGUCGUCCUUGCGCUGAGUGGAGUAUCGUCAGACUGAUGGCAUCAUUGCACAACGGACGCCUCUGGCUUAAGCAUCGUAAACAAAUUCCUAGAAACGCUUUGAGCCCCGUACUUAGAGGGAUAUCUAAAGAGGUAAUAACUUAA